AUCCUGAGGGCAUCUAUCCUGGAGCCCCCAACCACCAAGUCAUCUCAUUAGCAUACAAAAAGACAUGAAUCACUUAGGAACUGUGAGGAGAGUACGGCCAAAUUUGAAGUCCUUCCCAGGGAGUGGCCCUGUUCAUCCUAUUCUCCAGCCAAAGUAGAAACAGCGUGAGAAGGAAAGAGGCACAUUCGGCAGCCAAAGGACUCGGUGGAACGAGCAGAGGAAAAAUACACACCGUUAGAUAUGCUGCUCUUGGGACCCAGGGUGCUGCUGUUCCUGACCGCACUCAUCAUCCCCUCCGACUGGACACCACUAGGAGUUGGUGGUCAACGAGGAGAUGAUGUGACUCCAGUGACUCCAGAACCAUUCACAGAAGAUCCUAAUCUGGUGAACGAGCCCUCUACAGAUGAAACAGUUCUGGCUGAUAUCGAGCCUUCCACAGAUGACCUGGCUUCUCCUACUGAUAAAAAUACCACAACAGAUUGCCGGGAUGAAAAAUUCGCUUGCACGAGACUCUACUCUGUGCAUCGACCAGUCAAGCAAUGCAUUCAUCAGUUAUGUUUCACAAGUUUACGACGUAUGUACAUCAUCAACAAUGAGAUCUGCUCUCGUCUUGUCUGUAAAGAACACGAAGUUAUGAAAGAUGAACUUUGCCGUCAGAUGGCUGGUUUACCCCCAAGGCGACUCCGUCGCUCCAACUACUUCCGACUUCCUCCAUGUGAAAAUGUGAAUUUGCAGAGACCCAGUGGUCUGUGAUCAUCAAGGAAGAGGAAAGAAGAAUGUGUGGGUGGGUGGAAGAGAAUGCUCUAACAAGAGGGAACUCCUUCUUGUGCAACCAAUGUCCGCUAACCCACAGACAGUAGUAUUUCUUAAAACAGUCCCUUUGCAGUGUCUAGCUUUUGCUUCCACUCCCUGAUUUUUCACCCAGACUGAUAACAUAAAGUCUGUAUUAUUGCAUGGUUUUGCUGCUUCUCAAUAUCAUAGACAUAGAUUAAUGAUAACCAUGUGGCUUAUAUAUAAGCACUCUACAUACAAUUUCAAAGGAAAAUAAACCUUAGGUUAAUAUUUA